CGACCCAGAGGUACUCUUGUAUUGUGUGGAUACUACAGACUUGCCGAUCCGACUUUCGAAAGUAUCCUGCCUGAAAAUAACCGUAAGACGGUGUCAUAUCGCGAUACCGAGCGACCCCCCAAACGUUCGGCGGCUGUGCAUGAUUGCCGACCGGGACGUCGAUCGUCUACUCGCCGGUGUGUUUUCGCCGACGAAACUCAAGAUAACAUCGAGUUCUACAGUUGAAUUCCAUGCUCCUGAAGAUCAUGGUAACAGGGAAAACCUGUGGGGAACACUUCUUUGGGAGUUUGAAGUUUUACAGACAAGCAGGGCAGAUGCAAGACAACAUCCAUUGACAGGUGGCAUACCAUCAGACUUGCCAUGUCAGAGGGACCUGUAUCCUGUUGACCCAACCUUACCUGAUGCUGACAAAUGCAACUGUCAGAGACAUACAAACCAAUUGCACAUUCUUGUAAACAUGGUGGCUGGUCAUCAAGAUCCAAUUGCUGACACUUUGGCUGGAUUGGAUUUGUCUGAUGAGGAUGCUGCUGAGGGGGAUGAAGGUAGCCAUUCCGAAGACGAGCCUGAAGACAACUCAGACACUGAUGCACAAACACAGACAAAUGACGAUUUGGCAAGUGGCCAGAUAUUCCCUGUUGUGGGGUCAAGCUGGCAAGCUUGCUACCAGGAGUCCCUGGACAAAUGUAGUGCCCUGAGGCGUGAUGGACAUGAAGUAAACGUGCGAGCCACCUUCGAACCAUCAAAUCUGAAGGACAAAAAUGCACUUAAAUUUGAAGUGUUUGUGGACAGCGUAUGGAGUAUCAUAGGUUAUUGUCCAGUUCGCACGAUUCCAAAACUAACUCGGGCAAUAAACAAAGGGGAAGUUAUGUCAAUUGUCAUGGACAGGCUAAAGCUGGAAUACUGUAUUCCUGCUAAAAAGAGAUUGUAUCGGGCAUAUCUUAAGAUUGUUAAGAAAGGGACGUGGGAAAGAGACAACCUCAGUUUUAAGUACAAUGAUGUGAUUGCACCUUGAUGUUUAUCUCUGGAAUGAUCACUGCACUUGUGUACAGUGAUCAUCUUUACAGAUUUCUGCCUUGAACCAAGCAGUGAUUGAUGUAACAAUGCGAAAGUAAGGAACAAUGCAACAAAUGUAUUUCUUCAACAUAAACAAACAAUCUAUAGUUAGUAGUAUCAAAGUCUGCAACAUACCUGAGAUAAAGAUUUCAAGCACAUUCAAAGAUACUUAAUAAGAAACUCUAAAUUGCUUAACUUGUCAACUGCAACAAAACAAACAGUACAUAUUAGGUUGUCAUACAUUUUUGUUUCAUACUAGGCUAUAGCUUGCAGUAACAUGGUUCGUAACCCCAAAACAAGUUUAACAAAGUUGCAUUUAGAAAUAUAAAAACAUCUGGAUACAAAAAAGUCUUGAUAACAAACAUGUGCACAUGUACCUCUUAUCACUUGUUCCAAAACGACUCAGUUUUACUUACACAGUAAAUAAAUGCCAAGAUACAUGUUCUUAUGAUAUGGUGUAAUGUCACAAUACAUAGUGAUUCCUUUUCUUUGAUUGGAAGUCUACGCAAUAUAUUAUCCUUCCAUGUUUUUGCUUUGUUAUAUAUAUAUAUACUCUAACUUUGUUUCAGAAUAAAAAAUACAAAGAGUGUCUUUGUUGUGCAUCUGGCCCAAAUGUCUAAAUGCAACUAUUCUAAUAACCUUUCAAAACUCAAUGUAAUGGUUACUGGUAUACAACACUUGAUCAAAUGCAACAUCAUGAUAAAUAAAAGAUGUGUAUAGAAAGAAACGUUUCUAAAUCAACAAA